CCAGCACACCAUACAUGCUGCGCAACGAUGAGUCCAGAACAUGCUGUGUAGAUCGAAAAGCCUCUGAUUUGUACUCAGUGCCGUCUCCGCGGUGUCUUUUGCAUGUCCUCUUAGUAGUCGUCUUCUACUCGUGUCGUCUUGCAUUCCCUUCUGGUCGUGCAUUCCCUUCUCAUCAACACAUAUUCUUGCGACAGGCCCCAAAAGGCGGCGGCAGAAGAGCGUUAACAUAUCACGGUGUCAGUUACGCAGUAUCUUUUACGCAUUACACUAUUACUGGCAGUGUCUUCCUGCGACAUACCACAUAAGCGACACAGCUCUCUUUUAUUGUCAAUGAUAUAUCAGAUUGAAUCACUGUAAUGUAAUUGUUUCACCUUAACUUCUCGCACGCGUGGAACGCCACAAUGCUCUCUCAGGAGCACUUCGACUUCGUUAAUGCGUAACGGAUCCGAUUUGAAUAUUUGCGAGGGCACUAGAUGGUUGCGGGUCCUGUACAAGGUGAUCCCCGUUUUUUGCUCAAAUUUC